UAAAGAGGGAACUUUCUUUUAGCAAAUCCACUGAGAGUUUCAUGACCAUGGAGACUGGCCGGAGCACAUUUCCAUUUCCCUACCAGCCCUAUACCAUCCAGGAACAGUUUAUGAAAGCUCUCUACACCACCCUGGACCAGGGAAAAGUUGGCAUCUUUGAGAGUCCUACUGGAACGGGGAAGUCACUGAGUCUGAUAUGUGGAGCCCUCAGCUGGCUCACUGACCAUGAGGAGAAGAAAAAACAGGAGGCAGCUGCUCUGCUCCAGGAUGGAGAAGCAGCUCUGUCCACUAAUACAGCACAGGCCUCUACAAGCAGCUCCUCAGCAGAGCCUGACUGGAUCACAGACUUUGUUCAAAAAAAGGCAGAACGAGAUUUGGUGUCAAAGUUGAAGGAGGAAGAGCUGAGAAGAAAGAAAAGAGAAGAGCGAUUAGAGAUGAUAAGAAAUAAUGUCCAACUAAAGUAUGCAAUGAAAAGAAAAAGCUGCGAAGAGGAUGAGGCAUUCAAGUUGUUACAGCUUAGUAAGGAAGAACCAGGAGAGGAACCAGGAAAUCAAGAAGACGAAGAUCUUAUAAUUGCAGAAUAUGAGAGUGAUGAUGAGUCAAAGAGUAAAAGCAGAUUCUGUGGGGCAGAGGAUGAUGAAGAUGAAGAUCUGGUGGAAGAACAUGUUACAAAGAUUUAUUACUGUAGUCGCACUCACUCCCAGUUGGCCCAGUUUGUCCAUGAAGUUCAAAAGAGCCCAUUUAGCAAGGACAUCAGUCUGGUGACACUGGGCUCACGUCAGAAUAUGUGUAUCAAUGAAGAAGUGCGACGUCUGGGCAGCAUUCAGCGCAUCAAUGAUCGCUGCUUGGAGAUGCAGAAAAACAAACAUGAGAAGCAGCAGUCUGAGGAAGGUGUGAAACGUAAGCGUGGCACAGCAAAGAGUGUGUGUCCCUUUUAUAAAGCUUCAGCAAUGCAGCAGAUGAGGGAUGAAGUUCUGGGGACAGUCCACGACAUAGAGCAGCUGCUGAAGCUGGGCAGGGAAACACAUUCAUGUCCUUACUACGCCACACGCCACGCCAUUCCCCCUGCACAGUUGGUGGUGUUGCCCUACCAGAUGGUUCUUCACGAAGCCACCAGACAUGCUUCAGGGAUCCACCUAAAGGGACAGGUGGUGAUUAUAGAUGAAGCUCAUAAUCUCAGUGACACCCUCUCCUGUAUCCAUAGUGCAGAGCUCAGUGGAGCCCAGCUUUGCCGUGCCCAUUCUCAACUCAGCCAGUAUGCAGACCGCUACAGGAGCAGACUGAAGGCAAAGAACCUGAUGUACAUCAAACAGGUUCUGUUUGUGAUUGAGGGGCUUGUCAGGGUGCUGGGAGGUAAAGUGGGGCAGAAUCCACAGACCCAGACUACACAAGCAGGAACAGAAAUGCUUACCAUUAACAACUUCCUCUUCAAGGCCCAGAUUGACAACAUUAACUUGUUCAAGUUGCAGAGAUACUUUGAGAAGAGCAUGAUCAGCAGGAAACUGAGUGGCUUUGUGGAGAAGUAUGCAGGUUCAGGUGUGAGUCUGCAGACUCACAGCAGCUCCAACAAGGAGAACCGACGCACUGAGGGUUUAAACCUCUACCUUCAGACCCUGCAGAACAAGCAGAUCACCUCUCCAGUUUCUUCAGCAGACCAGCAGGGGUCUGUAGAGGAAGAGAAAGUGCUGUCUGCAUCUCCCAUGAUGCAGGUGGAGGGUUUCUUUAUGGCUCUCACCAACACCAACACUGAUGGCCGAGUAGUAGUGCACAGACAAGUUACUGUGUCGGACAGCAGCGUCAAAUUCCUGCUGCUGAAUCCAGCGGUCCACUUUGCUCAGGUGCUCAAGGAAUGCAGAGCAGUCAUCAUUGCUGGUGGAACCAUGCAGCCUGUUUCAGACUUCAAACAAGAGCUGCUAUUUUCUGCUGGAGUGGGAGAGGAACGCAUCACAGAGUUUUCCUGUGGUCAUGUAAUUCCUCCUGAGAAUAUUCUUCCCAUCGUCCUUUGCAGCGGCCCAUCUGGUCAGGAGUUGGAUUUCACUUUCCAGAACAGAGACUCCCCACGCAUGAUGGAUGAGACAGGCCGCAUUCUCUCCAACAUUUGUAAUGUGGUACCAGGUGGAGUUGUGUGCUUCUUCCCCUCUUAUGAGUACUCAAGGCGAAUUAUCUCUCACUGGGAAGCAAGUGGUGCACUCGCUCGUCUAGGCAACAAGAAAAAGAUCUUCCAGGAGCCAAAGAAAGCUAAUCAGCUGGAGCAGGUACUGAGUGACUUUUCGCGUUGUAUCCAGAGAUGUGCUCUGGAUGGCGGCAGUCUCACAGGAGCCUUGCUCUUCUCUGUGGUUGGGGGAAAGAUGAGUGAGGGCAUCAAUUUCUCUGAUGACCUGGGAAGGUGUGUGGUGAUGGUGGGAAUGCCGUAUCCCAACAUCAAAUCACCGGAGCUACUGGAAAAAAUGUCCUAUCUGGACAAACACCUGCCUCACAGUGGAGGGAGAAGUCCUGGACAAGCACUCAUAGACAACCUCUGCAUGAAGGCUGUCAACCAGUCCAUAGGAAGAGCUAUCCGUCACCGUGGUGACUAUUCAUCUAUAGUGCUGUGUGACAGACGAUACUCACGACCUGCUACACUUUCUAAACUUCCCACAUGGAUUAAAGAUCGUACUAGCACACACACAUCCUUUGGCCCUGCUUUUGCUGCUCUACGCAAGUUCUUCCUGGAGAAGAAGCAGAGGCCAAUGUAAUUCCAGUCUAACAAGGAGUUAAGUCAACUUCACUGCUUUAAGACUGAUGACAUGGUUCAGGAAGAUCUUGGUACAGCAGUGUUCACUUUGCUGAUGCAGGAACAAAAUCAAUGCAUUCUUAAUAAAAAUACCAAGUCACUUCUAUAAUUUCACUGCUUUACAGUGGCAUUCCUACAUUUCAGUUUCAACAUUUUGUCUGUUACUUGUGUUCUCCUUUUGUUUUGUUAAUAUGUGGUUUGGUGUUG